AUGGGAAAUAAAGGUUUUGCUGUUAUAAGAGAAAAAAUGCGUGAAAAUAAUGAAGAUAAAGAACCUUCGACUCAAGCUGAAAUGUUCAUUUCUACUCGACAAAGUAGGAAAGGAAAGGAGUUGGAUCAAGAAACCAACCAUGCAAUUAUAAAACUUCAAGACUUGAUUGAAAAUCAUAGAAAACCUUCUUCAGAAGCUUUUGAAAGCGUAUUGGGCAAACAAAAACCUGGGAGAUUGUGUUGCCACGGAAGAACCACAACACCGACUCUCUUGAAAAGAAACGAAGAAAUUGCAAAAAUUAAAAGAGAGCAUGAUGUUGAAGUUAGACAAUUUAAUGACAGGUUACAAGAGAUGGAAGAAAAACAUCGUCAAGAUAAAGAAGAAACUGAUAGGAAAAUUCAGCUUCUUCUUAAGACUGUUUUGAAUCAAAAUACCUCCGAGUUGAAUAUAGAGGCUUUGGCAGCUUUGAUAUCAACUCCUGCAAUUGAUGCUAACAGUGUCUUACGUUCUUCUACAUCAACACAUGCUCCAACUAACGAUCAAGUCAUGAAUGAUAAUAUCAAUGAAGAUUUUAAAUUUGAAGAUGAAGAAACGUAG